CAUGCAUUCGUCCGGGAGUCCACCGCGACCUACACACGGGCUCCCCCCCCCUAAAGACCAGAGUCAUGGCCACCCUGUCUCUGCCCCUGUCGUCUCUCCUCAAACACAAGGACUGUCUGCAGAAGGUGAAGGUUUUCUGUAAUGUGUUGCAUAGUUUACAACACCGAUCAUGCACAUCUCGAGUGUGGAAGAGGAGUUUCGGAGCAGUGGCCCAUGGAGUCGGUCGGCUACUGUCACAGCGAUCCGGAUCCCCAAACUACGCAGCAUCUGUCUGUCGCAGCUCCUCAGACGGUCCGGAGAUGACAGAGAGGCUGUGGUCUGUUUACAAAGAGACCAAGAGGCAGACUGAAGAUUUGAUUCCAGCCAUUUCCAUCAACUCGACCAACCCCGACACCAUUUUUGCAAACAAUGAGAUGAGCCUGAGAGACACCGAGGUCUACGGCUUCGACUACGACUACACCCUGGCUUUCUACUCCAGGAACCUGCACACCCUCAUCUUCAACAUAGCGCGGGACAUUCUCAUCACCAACCACAAUUAUCCAGAGGGUCUGAGAAAUUAUGAGUAUAUUCCUAAUUUUGCUGUAAGAGGACUCCACUAUGAUGUUCAGAAGGCACUGCUGAUGAAGAUAGAUGCUUUUCACUACAUCCAGUUGGGGACUGUAUACAGGGGUCUUCAUCCAGUCCCUGAUGAGGAAGUAAUUGCCAUGUAUGAAGGUUGUCACGUACCUCUAGAGAACAUGAGCGACUUCUAUGGGAAGAGUUCCCAUGGCCACACCAUGAAGCAGUUCAUGGACAUAUUCUCCCUGCCUGAGAUGACUCUCCUGUCUUGUGUCAACGACUUCUUCAUGAGGCACAACAUCGACUACGAGCCAGUGCAUCUCUACAAAGACGUAAAGGAAGCCAUUAGAGAUGUUCACGUCAAGGGCAUCAUGUACCGAGCAGUGGAGGCGGAUAUUGGGAAAUACAUUUGCUAUGGGGAGCAAAGCCAUGCUGUGCUGAAGAAGCUGUCAGAGCACGGAAAAAAGAUGUUCCUCAUUACCAAUAGCCCGUUUGACUUUGUGGACCGAGGAAUGAACUACAUAGUGGGGAAGGACUGGCGAGACCUGUUUGAUGUUGUGAUUGUUCAGGCGGACAAACCUGGUUUCUUCAAUGACCGGAGAAAACCUUUCCGGCGAGUGACAGACAAAGGUGCGUUGCUGUGGGACAGGAUUCACAAGUUGGAAAAAGGGAAGAUCUACAAACAGGGAAACCUUUAUGAGUUCCUGAGACUAACCGGCUGGAGAGGGUCCAAAGUGCUCUACUUCGGUGAUCACAUCUACAGCGACUUGGCAGAUCUGACGCUGAAACAUGGCUGGAGGACGGGCGCCAUCAUUCCUGAGCUGAGGAAGGAGAUCAAGAUCAUGAACACGGAGCAGUACAUGCACAUGAUGGCCUGGUUGCAGGCGCUGACUGGACUUAUCGAGCAGAUGCAGGUACACAGGGAUGCAGCGUCUCAGGCUGUCGUCGAGGAGUGGAUCAAAGAGAGAGAAGCCAUGAGGUCACAGAUGAAGGACAUCUUCAACCCUCAGUUCGGGAGUCUCUUCCGGACGUACCACAACCCCACCUACUUCUCACGCCGACUCUCACGCUUUGCCGACAUCUACAUGGCCUCCAUCAGCUGCCUGCUCAACUACGACUUCCAGCACACCUUUUUCCCUCGCCGUACUCCCCUGCAGCACGAGGCGCCCUUCUGGCCUGAACACAGUCCAGGUGGUAUCAGUGUCUCCUCACAGGUCAGCAAGAUGAACGCAGACACCGAUUAGAGAGAGAGAGAGAGAGAGAGAGAGGGAGAGAGAGAGAGA